UCUCUUGCCUGGAGACUCCGAGGAAGAUGCAGACGACGAAGAAGGCGAGCGCGGCAGCGACGACGGCGGCCCUCCUCGCCCCGCUGCCAGGCUCUGGUGCUUCGUGCGGUCCCUGCGAGGCGUCGCUCCGGCCGCCAGGGGCACUCCGGCCGCGAGUCCCUUGCCGAGGGGGCUCUGCUCGGCGGUCGUGUACCAGGGGAUACAGGUCACGUGGCACGACUCGCAAGCCUCACUCGUCACAUCAUCCCUGGCAGCUUCGGGAGACCUCGAGAGGCUGGCUUCUCUGCGCGACUUCGAGCCCCUGCUUGAACUGCACGUUCACGCGGUCAGCGCGAACGUGACUAAGGGCUCCACAGGUGGUUCCGGUCGGCGCCCCAGUGCUGCCCUGCGGUCGCUGCUUCGGGCUCCCCAGGGUACGGUCGAGGGGUUCGCCAUGCGCUCGGCCCGCUGGCUGGCCGACCGGCACGUCGACGGCCUGGUGCUCGAACUGGGGCGCUCGGUGCAAGCGCUGCCCACGGAGCUCAUCACGCGCCUCGCCGAGCUUUGUCACCGUCAGCUGGGUCGCGUGGGCAAGUCGUUCACCCUGCUACUGCCCGGGUCGACGUCACUCUUCGUCCAGUACGACUUGGACGCCCUGCUUACCACGAGGGGUCUGCAUCCGAUCCUGAGGACAGACGCUGACGGCGCCCGCCCAGUUGCCACCUGUCCGUCACCUCUCAACGCGCCCGACUUCGGAAUCGAGCGGGUACUGAACCGAACCCGCGCUGCCUUGGGAGUCCGACGCCAACGCCAGGGCCUGUCGCGGCUGCUGUUCUCGGUCAGUCUGGCCGCGGCUCAGUACACCCUCGACUCGGAACCCAAGGACAACGCAACGGCAGCCUUUAGCCCGGCCUCGUUUCGCGGAUACAUCACUUAUCCGGAGAUGUGCAACCUGGUGUUGUCGGGGGGCUGGAAGGCUCGCCCCAACCUGGACACUGACUGCGCCGAGGCGUUCCUGGGAAAGCAGUGGGUGUCCAGCUUCGCUCCGUUCAGCGGCGACUGGCUCCUCUCCCUGAAGGGGACCCUGCGUGGACUCGCCGUCUUCGACGCCGAGGCCGACGACGUGAGCGGAGUUUGCGGGGAGAAGCACGCCUUGCUCAAGAGGCUCCGAGAUCUCAUCUCCUGAGCGCCAGAAUGUUACCUUGGAGUUAUUAUUUUUUAAUUCAAUAUCGCUUUUGAUAACUGUGAAUUGCACCGAAUAUGUGGUUUCUCAUUGAUGAAGUAUACUUUUUAAA